AUGAAAACCGACUGUGUGAAGAAACGAUUAUCCAUCGUUUUUCGAAAAUUAGGAAGAUUAAUCGGACUUCAUCCUUACUACUUUAUCAUUUUUCCUAUUUUGAUAUCAGCGACAUUUUCAGCAUUCAUCUUCAAUAUAAACACUAUCUCAAACACAAGCGAACUGGCAUUUGCAGAUUCAGGAAAAGUCUAUAAUACUAAGAAGUUCAUCGACGAAACGUUUCCUUUCAAUACAUCAAAAUUCCUUGAUCCGACAAGUUUUACAGACGUACCAAAAUGUGUGUUUGUUACAUUUACAAAGAAAGAUGGUGGAGACAUGCUAGAAAAAGAUGUGCUACUAGAUAUAAGUCUGGCGGAUCAAUUUAUUAAGAAUAUAACAAUUAAUGAUAAAGGAAGAAAAAUUCGAUAUUCAGAUAUUUGUGGACGUGUAGGCGAAAAAUGUUUUGAAAAUCCGAUUAUCGAAAUAUUGCCCGAAAUUGAUAAUAUAGUGCAGAGAAAAAAGAAAUUGAAGUAG